CGGCCGCCGGGCGUAGAGCGGGCGGGCUCCCGGGGGCUGCGGCUGCCGGCGAUUCCCGGGUCCCCACCCCUGCCCCCCGGUGCCCGACCCCGCUCCCCGGCCUCGGAGGCUGUGACAAUGGACUAUGACUUUAAAGUGAAGCUGAGCAGCGAGCGGGAGCGGGUCGAGGACCUGUUUGAAUACGAGGGCUGCAAAGUUGGCCGAGGCACUUACGGUCACGUCUACAAAGCCAAGAGGAAGGAUGGGAAAGAUGAUAAAGACUAUGCUUUAAAACAAAUAGAAGGAACCGGGAUCUCUAUGUCAGCAUGUAGAGAAAUAGCAUUACUUCGAGAGCUUAAGCAUCCAAAUGUCAUCUCUCUUCAAAAGGUGUUUUUGUCUCAUGCUGAUAGGAAAGUAUGGCUUCUGUUUGACUAUGCUGAACAUGACCUCUGGCAUAUAAUCAAGUUUCACAGAGCUUCUAAAGCAAACAAGAAGCCAGUUCAGUUACCUCGGGGAAUGGUGAAGUCACUAUUAUAUCAGAUCCUAGAUGGGAUUCACUACCUGCAUGCUAACUGGGUGUUGCACAGGGAUUUGAAACCUGCUAAUAUUUUAGUUAUGGGUGAAGGUCCUGAGCGAGGAAGAGUAAAAAUUGCUGAUAUGGGCUUUGCCCGAUUAUUUAAUUCACCUUUGAAGCCUUUAGCAGAUUUGGAUCCAGUAGUUGUAACAUUCUGGUACCGAGCCCCAGAAUUACUUCUUGGAGCGAGACAUUAUACCAAAGCUAUUGAUAAAGAUUGGGAAGAUAUAAAAAAGAUGCCUGAGCACUCAACAUUAAUGAAAGAUUUCAGAAGAAAUACGUAUACCAACUGCAGCCUUAUCAAGUAUAUGGAAAAACAUAAAGUUAAACCAGAUAGUAAAGCAUUCCACUUGCUUCAGAAGUUGCUUACCAUGGACCCCAUAAAGCGAAUUACCUCAGAACAGGCUAUGCAGGAUCCCUAUUUCCUAGAAGACCCACUUCCUACAUCAGACGUUUUUGCCGGUUGUCAGAUUCCUUACCCAAAACGAGAAUUUUUAACAGAAGAAGAACCUGACGACAAAGGAGACAAAAAGAACCAGCAGCAGCCCCAGGGCAACAACCACACCAACGGGACCGGCCACCCCGGGAACCAGGACGGCAGCCACGCGGCCGGGCCCCCGCUGAAGAAAGUGAGAGUCGUUCCUCCUACCACUACCUCAGGUGGACUCAUCAUGACCUCGGACUAUCAGCGUUCCAAUCCACAUGCUGCCUAUCCCAACCCUGGACCAAGCACAUCACAGCCACAGAGCAGCAUGGGAUACUCAGCUACCUCCCAGCAGCCUCCACAGUACUCCCAUCAGACCCACCGGUACUGAGCUGCCUUGGAAUAUUGUCAAUGCACUGUUGCUAAUGCUGCCAGACUGACUGUGCAGCUCUCUGCGGGAACCCAGUGUGGGCCGUGAGAAUGUGCUGGACGACCACAUAUUCAAAAUGUCCAGUAGGCAAGUUCCACCACUUUUCACAGAUUGGGGUAGUGGCUUCCAAGUUGUACCUAUUUUGGAGUUAGACUUGAAAAGAAAGUGCUAGCACAGUUUGUGUUGUGGAUUUGCUACUUCCAUAGUUUACUUGACAUGGUUCAGACUGACCAAUGCAUUUUUUUCGGUGACAGUCUGUAGCAGUUGAAGCUGUGAAAUGUGCUAGGGGCAAGCAUUUGUCGUCGUAUGUGGUGAACUCUUUCCGUGUAACAACAUUAUUUGACCAGUAGUACACACACACAAAAGUUUAACUGGUACUUGAAACACACAGUAUAUAUUAAUUCAACAAAAUAACCAGGACUCAAAAUGAGAUUAUUUUGGUACACCUUUCAUUUUAGUGUCUUAUCAGUGGGUUGAUUCAUUUUCUACAUUAAUCAGUGUUUUUUGAGCAAGAAUAUUGCUUGGAUUCUUUUGAAAGUACAAAAGCCACAUCAUUUUUCCAGAAAGGUUUCAAAACUCCCAAAGAUUAAUUUUCAACUUACAAGUUUGUUUUUAUUUUCAACCUAUGACUUGACUGGUAUUAAAGCUGCUAUUUGAUAGUAAUUAAAUAUGUUGUCAUUGAUAUAAACCUGUUUGAUUCAGCAAACAAACUAAAAUGAUUGUCAUAGACAGUGUUUUAUUUUCCUGUUGGUGUUGCUGAUUUGUGAGCAUGCUUUAAGAUGAAAAAAGCAUGAAUGGUAACUUCCUUAAAAAGGUGCGGCAUCCGAUUCGAUAUUUUGUCCUGAGUUUGAAGCUGGUUGGUGUAGUGCUAUUAAAAUUUUGUUCAGUUAAUUUUCCUUUUAAAAACUUGUUCGCACGUUGUUUAGGGUGCCCUUACUUCAGCAAAGGAGAAAAGGAGUAGGAGAGCCUUAGAAUUUUUGAGGAAAAAAAAACCUAUAACAUACAAUGUACUGUAUCAAACUAUUUUACAUGAAUGACACAAGUAUUCUGAUGAAUUUAAAAAAAAAUGGAACAUUGUUAAAAACAAGGUGUUAUGUAAUAAAUUUAUUUUUCAUAAAUCAAAAUACAGAAUCAGCUGUAUUUUUAUAUACACAAAGGUCUUACCUUAAAAUGUGUCUUAACAGUGGCCUCUAAAUAAGUCUCUUCUGUUUUGUUUAAUAAUAUCUCUAUGUCCUUCCUCUGUAAUGGAUUAAUAACUUUCUGUUUAGAUAUGGAUUCUUUUCCCUGUUGCACUCAAUACU